AUGAUCGACACGUCUGAGCUGCUGCUCUCCCUGGAUCACGUGAAGUAUAGGAAGUCUGGGGAUGGACGAUCACCAAUUGGACGGGAACAUGUGGAAUGGAGAGAUAAUGCUGGACCGGAAAUCCUUUACGUGAAAUUCAUGCAAAUCAAAGGUCAGCGUGUUUCUCCGCCUAACAAGUCGAAGGUUCAGUUGCAGUUGGUGCUUCAAAAUGAUGACCAAGCAACGUUCGUGUUCUUGAAUCCUGCGCUUGACAAAGAGGCCUGGAUCCAAAGAAAAGGAGAUAUCUCAAGGAACGCUUCAACGGCUUUGAUUGCCACCGUGCAACGGGUUAAUCAGUUAGCUGCAACCAAUGAGCACGAUAUCAAGCAGACCGAACUUCGGGAGAAACAACGAAUUCUCGGAGAGAAUAAACAGCUCGAUCAAUUGUAUAAUCACACCUCGUGGCUUCCAAAUUGA